CACCGAGAGAGAGCCUCAGAAGAUGGACGGAGUGGGAUCGUUCGGAGCGGGCCGGACCGGGUCCAGCAUCGACCCGAUCACCUUCGCCAAGCAGCCGCAGACCAUCCUCAGAGUGCUGUCAUGGAUAUUUUCCCUGGUGGUCUUCGCCUCCAUCGUGAACGAGGGCUACGUCAACAUGGGCAGCGAGCGUCUCCACUGCGUCUUCAACAAGAACGCCGACGCCUGUAACUACGGCGUGUUCGUGGGCCUCGUGGGCCUGCUGGCCUGCUCCUUCUUCUUCCUCCUCGACUACAAGUUCUCCUCCAUCAGCUCUGUCAAAGACAGGAAGAAGGCCAUCAUGCUGGAGGUUGGCUUCUCAGGUUUCUGGACCUUCCUGUACUUUGUAAGUUUCUGCUUCCUGGCCAAUCAGUGGUCUCAGACCACGCCUGAUGAGCUGCCACUCAACGCGGGGGCAGACGCAGCUCGGGCAGCCAUCGCCUUCUCUUUCUUCUCCAUCAUCACCUGGGCGGGUCUGACGGUGCGUGCGGUCCAGAAGUACCUGCUGGGCACGGACAUGACCCUGUUCACCACGGAGCACAUGGACGGCGGCGCACCCACCCAGCCGUACCCCUCCAACUCACCAGUAGGCGUAACCACUGAGACCACAGAGACCUACCAGAGCCCCCCGUUCACUGAGAACAACGCAGCCCCCACAUACCAGGUUCCCAUUUACUAGAGCUGACCGGCCCGAUGGUGGAAGAGGAAGCUCGGGGGGGUGGAAAGGGAUGAAAAGUUAAAAGAAAAAUCGCUUUCUGUGAUGUCACACGUGCAGUUGUUUAUAUGUUGAUCUGAUUUUUUCUGUCACUGUUAAAAAAAAUGGCCUCCGCUUCUCCGUCUCCUCGUCUCGUUCCCGGUUCCUUCCUCAACAUUCCAGCUCCGUCGGCACUUUUCCAGAACCUGUAGUCGUGUUGAACGCAGCGUCCUCGGAUCAGAGCAGAUGAAAAAAGAAAGAAAGAAAAACCAGGAAGAGGGAGAUAAAGAAGAGGAGGCCGCUUUGCAGUAUUCAAACACUAUUUAGUAAAAAGAAAAAACAGAAACAGAAUUAACAAUUGACCGACUCCAUUUGGUUUCUGA